AUGCAACACCUUUCCUUCUAGCCAAGACAGCCAGAGAAGGUGGGCUCAUUUUCAUCAGUUAUGUCAUCAGAUGUGAGUCCACUAAGCCAUGGAGAAUGUGGAUCUGUGUUCUUGUCUCCACUCAAAGUCACACCCAGUGGGAAGGGGAUUGAAUCCUUGGCUCAGGAUCAAGAAAACAGCCUGGAUAUCCGUAGUGCCAUUCAGGGACAAUUCGUUGUCAAGCCACAGGAUGAGGACAGCACUCGAGCAGAAGGACCAGGACAGGAGUUAAGUGGAGUCCUGGUACCUGGAGUGGGUUCAGCCUCUCUGUCUCCACAACAUUCCAGCAGUCCAUCAGAGGAUGCAUAUCUCAGCCUUGAAGACACAUCCAAGUACUACAGUUUUGAUUCAAAGCAGUCAAGCCUAGACUCAAAGACAUCAGGUAGUCGUGAUUCCAAGCGAUCAAGUUUGGAUUCAAGGCGUUCAAAGAAGGAACCACUGGGUGUUGUGUCAUCAAGUCCUAGUCAUUCCAUGUCUGGGAAAGGGAGCUUUGAUCGUGAUGCUGAUAUAAUGAAGCAGCUGAACAUGUUUGUCCGAACACGGACAGAUUCAGGACGUCUUCUUUCUGACAAAGAGAUCCUGGAGCAGGUGACAGUCCUGAACCUGGACACAGGGGAGAGGGUACCAUUAAGUGUGGCUGAAGAAAAGCUCCCUUCCUGCGUCAAUCCACUCAGCCUUCACAUCAUGCGGCUUACCUCUGAAUACAUUGGCAAUUCUAGCCUGGAUGGAGACCGAGAAUCUGACACUGAGAGUGUUUGCACCCAGAAGUCCUCCAUAGGGGGGGACUCAACAGAAGGCAGUGGUGUCAAGAAAAGAACGUUACAGCUGAAGCGAUUCCUGGGUCGAACUGUGGGGAAGACAGUGAACAAGGCAAAAAGUAUGGCCCAACACCAUGUUGGGAGGCACAAAGACUCUGACCCCAUGAGUGACCUUCCAGAUGACACAGCUCAAGGGGAUACUGGCCAGAUCGUCAGGAUGAAGGCCUCCAGCAGCCACAAGGGACCAUAUGACUUUGAUGGCCUGGUCUACAUCCAGAACCUGAGUGGAGAACAUUCCCUCCCAAUCUGGACAAUGAAGUUUUCACAGUGUGGAAGGCUCCUGGCUACUGCCGGUCAGGACCGGGGCAUCCGCAUCUGGGUCCUCAAGGAUGCAUUCUCCUACUUCCAGGACAUGCGUACUCGAUACAACGCUGAGAUAAAGACAUCCCCAACACCAUCACAAGAGUCCCUGCAGUCCCAGCAUUCACAGGAGGAAAGACGAGAGAGCGGUGGGAGCAGAGGCGAGGAGAUGCGGGACGACCCCACUGCCCCUUUCAUGCCACAGCCCUUCUGCAUUUACAAGGGGCAUAAUGCUGAUGUCCUUGAUGUCUCCUGGUCCAAAGACGAUCGGUACUUCCUGAGUGGAUCCUUGGACGGGAAAUUGCGACUCUGGUACAUCCCAGACAAGAAGGUGGCUCUGUGGAACGAGGUUGAGGGCACCAGCAAACUCAUCACUGCUGCCUCAUUUUGCCAGGUCUCUUCUACAAAACUUCUUUCUCAUAACUACAAUGUUUACAACUAUGUCUGGGCUCUGAUCCUGCACAAGUUUGAAAACGGGAAAAUAGCUGUGGUGGGGACAUACGACGGUCGGUGCAUCUUUUACAACACGGAGGAGCUGAAGUACUUCACGCAGAUUCACGUGCGAUCCACCCGCGGGAAGAAUGCCAAAGGUCGCAAGAUUUCGGGUAUCGAGCCUGCUCCUGGAGAGGACAAGAUCCUGGUGACGUCCAACGACAGCCGCAUCCGCUUGUACGACCUUCGGGACCUCAGCCUCUCCUGCAAGUAUAAAGGCUGUCUGAACCAGAGCAGUCAGAUUCGGGCCUGCUUCAGUCACGACGGGAAGUACAUCAUCAGCGGGUCGGAGAACCAGUGCUUCUACGUCUGGAAGACGCACCACGACUACGCCAAGUUCUCGUCCGCCCGGCGCGACCGCAACGACUACUGGGAAGGCAUCAAAGCGCACAACGCGGUGGUGACGGUGGCCGCGUUCGCGCCGCACCCGGAGACCAUCCUGCGGCAGAUGGAGCGGGAGAAGGCGAGACGAGACGGAGCGAAGGUGAAGGCGGGGGACAAGAGCGAUCACCCGCAGGGCUACUUCCUCGUCACGGCAGACUUUCACGGCUGCAUCAAGGUCUUCAUGAGCACAACCAAGCCCAAACACAGCAGCCUCCCCGCAUCUGCUCUCGCCUGAUUCGAGUCCACGAUGUCCCUUUCCUCCUUCUUUUUCGGCUUCAUCGUGCCUGCCGUUUAUUACUUUUUUUCCAGUGAAUAUAUAUCACCAAAAAUGUUUCUGCUGAUUUACCGUGCCCUAACAGAUGAAGGUUCGGCCCGUCGGAUAGCAACGUUGUUCUCGUUGGAUCGCGUCGAUAUAACACGUAUUGAAAUUACCGAAUAUUGGCUCACCUCGUCUCCGCCUUGUGAUAAUAUAUAUAGUCAUGAAUCGUGUCUCGUAUGCAAAUACACGUUCUAUACUUUUUUCAC